GUAUUUAGAUUUUCCCUCUUAAAAUAAAAGUAUAAAAAACAAGAAGUCGUCCCCAAAAGCCCUGUUCUUCCUUAAACCCCUUAAAACCUCUCUCAAAAUCGAAAAUUGCUCCGAUUCUAGUUCCACGAAGAAGGGCUUUUAGAUUUCACAGUUGCAAUCAAGGGUUUCACCUUCUUUCUGGUGGGUUUAGCUGCAGAUGUCUCUUUGCUUUUCUUCAAGCCUCUCUCUUCCGCAGCCGUCUUUCUUUUCUAAUCUGAACGGGGAGCAAAGGGUUUGUGGGUUAUGGAGAAAUCCGCGGAUUUUUAGGAGUUUGCGGGUCAGAGCUGGCCCCAAGAGGAUAUCUUUUGACAGAGAAUGUAGGGAGGGCUUACAAGCUGGGAUAGAUAAGCUUGCUGAUGCUGUUUCUCUUACCUUAGGACCCAAAGGACGUAAUGUGAUUCUUUCUGAGGCCGGAACAUUAAAAGUGAUCAAUGAUGGGGUGACAAUUGCUCGGGCUAUAGAGCUUUCGGAUGCAAUUGAAAACGCAGGAGCAACGCUUAUGCAAGAGGUUGCAAGUAAGACAAAUGAUGUGGCAGGUGAUGGUACUACGACUGCUAUCAUUUUGGCUCGGGAAAUGAUCAAGUCUGGUUUGUUGGUGGUCGCUUUUGGAGCUAACCCAAUUGGUUUGAAGAAAGGAAUGGAUAAGACUGUGAGAGAAUUGGUCAAGGUUUUGAAGAAGAAAAGCUUUCCUGUAAAAGGGAGGGAUGAUAUAAGAGCUGUGGCCUCAAUUUCUGCUGGAAAUGAUGACUUCGUUGGGAAUUUAAUUGCUGAAGCUAUAGAUAAAAUUGGCCCUGAUGGAGUAAUCUCCAUUGAAUCAUCCUCAUCGUCUGAAACCUCUGUUAUAAUUGAAGAAGGAAUGAAGAUCGACAAAGGUUAUAUGUCACCCCACUUUAUCACAAACCAGGACAAAUCUAUUGUGGAGUUCGAGAAUGCUAAAGUUCUUGUAACUGAUCAAAAGAUUUCAACCAUCAAAGGAAUAGUUCCUUUACUGGAAAAGACUACCCAACUGAGUGUCCCACUGCUAAUCAUUGCUGAGGACAUCUCAAGUCAAGUACUUGAAACACUGGUUGUGAACAAAAUGCAAGGAAUAAUUAAUGUUGCUGUGGUCAAAUGUCCAGGAUUUGGAGAAGGAAAGAAAGCUUUAUUGCAAGAUAUAGCCCUUUUGACAGGUGCUGAUUUCCUCUCUGGAGAUUUGGGACUGACUCUUGACAGUGCAACGUCAGAUCAGCUUGGCAUUGCAAGAAAAGUAACCAUAACAAGCAAUUCAACAACCUUUGUUGCUGAUCCUUCAACUAAACCUGAAAUACAGGCAAGAAUUUUGCAGAUAAAGAAAGAUCUCGCUGAAACUGAUAGUUCGUAUCUUUCAAGGAAGCUCUCUGAAAGGAUUGCUAAACUCUCUGGUGGUGUGGCCAUAAUCAAGGUAGGAGCACAUACAGAGACGGAACUCGAAGAUCGGAAACUCAGAAUUGAGGAUGCAAAGAAUGCAACGUUUGCUGCCAUGGAUGAAGGUAUAGUACCUGGUGGUGGGGCUACCUAUAUUCAUCUGGAAGAACAGAUACCCAUCAUAAAGCACUCCAUGGAAGAUCCGGACGAGCAGAUUGGUGCUGACAUUGUGGCAAAGGCACUUGCUGCACCAGCCAAAGCAAUUGCAACUAAUGCAGGAGUUGAUGGAGCUGUUGUCAUAGAGAAGAUCCGGACUUGUGACUGGAGAACAGGGUAUGAUGCAAUGACGGGUAGAUACCAAGAUCUUCUCAAUGCUGGAGUGGUUGAUCCCUGUCGGGUCUCAAGGUGUGCCCUUCAAAAUGCAGUAUCUGUUGCUGGCAUUGUUCUAACAACCCAAGCUGUAUUGGUGGAGAAAACAAAGCCGCCCAAGUCAGCAGUUCCUCGUCUCCCUGGAAUAACUCCUUAAACAGCAGAGUAGAAGAACAAGAAGCAGAAAUUCAUGGAGAGCCAGACCAGAGCUGAGAAGGUAGCCCCCCAACUAAGCUACAUGCUUUUCAUUUGACUGAAUUUUUGCCUUGUCAAGUUAGCUUCAUUUGGAGUGAAAAUCAGGGCAAGCAAGACAAUGAAGAAACAAAGCCAAGUAAGUCCACAUUGUCUUCCAUGGAACAGAACCCUCCAACUUCAAGUGGCUUGAUUUGGAGUUAAAGACGAAGCUGAGGAAAACCCCAUGGAAUUCAGGUUUUUUUAUCGGAAUACCCUGAUUGAGAGGAAUAAUGGAAUGCCAUUUUUUGAUGAAAGAUUGUGUUUGUGUUUGGUACUUGUCUCACUGAACAUAUGAUCAAUGGGCAAUCAUUCUCUGAAAUGUUGUUCACUUUUUGAAUAUAUGAUAAAUGACAUGUCAUUAGGGUUUAUUCA